AUCUGUCAAAAGUGUCAAGCGUACAUUUAUCUUAUCAAUUUAGUAAAUGCAAAAAAGCUAAAAUUUGUAAAUAUAUUUAACAUUUUUUAGUAAAAAUAAUGAAGGAUGCUACCUACUUAAUAUUUAUUUUUGUUUUUAACUAUGUGGCAUCUUUCCCCGUGUACGGUUCGGAUCAGUGCAUAAACGUGUGCAAAAACGUGAAAUUACCCACAUUGGAUUUGGCAUUCUACGAGCAAGUAGUUUGUCAAAGAGGUUGCAGAUUUUUUAAUAUUAUCAAGUUCAAAGAUGUUCCUAACGUUAACCAAACGAAAAAGGAAUGCCACAUUUCUUGCGAAGAGUCGUAUAUAAUAAAAGAUGAAAAUGAUAUUUGUCAAACCGGCUGUAAUCUUAUGGCAAAAGAACAGGAAAUUUUCAUAGCUACAUUUUUGAUUGAAACGGAAAAUAGCAUUGUACUAGCCAGCCCGGACAAAGAGAUUGAAUUCGAUCUACUCUCUGAUCCGAGCAUCAAAAGUCAACUCGAAAUCGGUUUCAACAUUGAUUACAAGAUCCCAGCUACUAAUAUCAGAACAAUGCCGAUUGAAAUAGAGGAAGAAAUCAAGGUUAAAGAAACUGGAGAUUGGUUGGAUUGCGCGUCCAGGAAUUCCGGAAUACCCAGGUGGAUACUCCUUUCGGCUAUUCUAUCAGCCGUUUUGAUCGCUCUGUGGCUCAGUUUCUCAACAGAAAAACGUAACGCAUCAGAGGAAGAAUUCCACGAGAUCGAAAUUCCCGAUGAAAAAUUGAUUAUAGCUAAUGAUGAAUUAUCUACGGUUAAAGACUCGAAUGAUGAUGGUGAUUUCGUAUUUCCUAAUUUAAGCAACAAGGAAGCUCCCCCGAAAUAUUCGUUAAGGAAUGAGGACGUUUAAUUUGGUUUAAAAUUUUCUAUCUAUGUAAUUUUAUUUCAGGUAAUUAUGUGCAUGUGAUGCGUUUUUUCUAAGGCGAAGUUUACAAGAAAAUUCAAAAUCUGACAAUAAUCAGUAUUUUGAAAUUCGAAGCCGUACUCUUUUUGAUUUUGUUGUUCAUUUAAUUAUUGAGUUUAAAUGUAACACAGAUUUUGUGUGCCAUAAAAAUGAUCUCAGUUUUUUUAAGGAAAUGUACUGAAUAGUGUCGUUAUUGUGCUUGUUUAUUGGACCUGUGAAAUGAAUGUCUGUAAUUGACAUUUUAAUAUGUACUAUAUUAUGCAAUAAUUAUUUCUAUUGUAUGUGGUUCAAAUUUGAAAUUAACAGAAUUAGUAUGUCUGUAAUCUUUAUGUUUUUGUUUGUACUUAAACCGUACUCUUAUCAUCGUCAGUUCGAUUUUAUUAAUGUUUUUUUUCCUCAAAUGUGCAAUAUGUACUUGACGUUUUGAGCAUGUAAGUAAAAACGGAAAGUAUUUAACAGUAUAGGCCUAUUAAUUGUGAGGUUUUUUUGGGUGUUUAAUAUUCUUUAAAUUGAGUGUCGUGAGGUGACCCAGUGAGAUUUAUUUGGUAUUUUCAAGACGUAUUGUGAUUUUUUUCAAUUUACCAAAGUAAUAUUAGUAACACGUAAAAUGAAUGUUCUUUGUAAAUGAAAUUCUUUAUGUAUAAACAAAUUUUGUUGUUUAAAAAUACUAGACUCCGAUAAUAAUAAAUAUUAAAUUAUUUACGACGACUGUUUAUCUGUAAAAUCGUAUGAAAACCUUGCAAUAUAAUCCUGUAUGUACAUAAUUAAUAAUCUGCAGCUGUAUUUGCUAAGUAAUCUCUUCUUCCUAUAUUGGAAGCUUGUUUGUUCUGAAGCGCUUCUAGUUUUGGACAAUCUGUAAUUCUGUGUCCCAAUCCACCACAAUAACUGCAACCAUGCUCGCCUGCAAGAAUAAAACCUUAGUAAUAUCUGAAGAGAUUUGCUAGAAAUAAUCGUUCUUACCACCAAGAGCAAGGUAUUUCUCGUUUUCUGAACACAAUUCGGCCAAAAACGUAGGCACCUUCUGUUUAGCUUCCAUCAGCAAAUGUUUCAGAUCGAGCAAGACGGACUCGUCGUUGGAUUUAUUUAUGAAAGUCGUUGCCAAUCCUUUGUUCUCCGAUCUACCGGUACGACCGAUCCUGUGAACUAUAAAAUUAGAAUGAAUUAAUUUGCCUCGAUCGAUUUAUAUCAAUUUUUACCGUAAUUUUCAACAUCAUCCGGCAUAUCGUAAUUUAUAACGUGCUGAAUAUCCUGAAAAUCCAGUCCUUUUGAUGCCACAUCGGUGGCUACUAGCACGUCUUUUUCUUGUUUUCGAAAAGCUUCUACUGAUCUGGAUCGUUCUUCUUGGUCUGUAAGAGAAGAUUAGCGUUAAAUUAAUCGUAAAUUUAGUUUGGUAUUCGUUUAUACUUGCCUUUGCCACCAUGUAUAGCAACGGCUUCGACGCCUUUCAGGAGUAAAUAUUCGUGUAUGGCAUCGACAUCUUGUUUCUUUUCGGCAAAAAUUAGCACGGGCGGCGGGGUCUUUUGCAAGCAUUCUAAUAAAUAUACUAUUUUGGCUUCUUGUUUAACGU